AUGCGGGCCGACUGUUGGUUCGGGCGUGGCAUGACAUGCAACAUGAGAGAUGGCACCGUGUCGACAAGUGGCAUGUUUAAUAAUAUGUACAUGAAAAUGACGGAAACAACUCCGAUAAUAAAAUCCAGCGAAGUAGGCUGGAAAAUUCACCUUCACGACCCAAAGGAUAUCCCUGUCCUCGACAUUCAAACGCAUGGUUUCACCGUUUUGCCUGGCUGGAGCAAAGACGUUCGUUUGCAAAUUCGCGACUUUCGCACAUUGAAUACAAAACAACGACCUUGUGACGACAGCGAAAGCUACUCAAUGUCAAAAUGCACCACAAGAUGUUUCUCUGACGAAUUGUUACGAAAAGCAGGCUGCUUGUUACCAUACGUCGCCAAUGUGAUCCCGAAUGCACCGACCUGCGAAACCCCAUCAUCCUACGUCGCAGCAGAAAAGGCCGCGAAGGAAUUAUUUUUCUCAGGGCAAUGGAACCCGAACGAUUGCCUUUGCGCUCGCAGUUGCGAUCAAACAUACUUCACGCCACAUGGGGAAGCUGUUCUUUCCAACGAAAACGCCAGUCGGAUACGAAUCUAUUACCAGGAAAUGACCUAUGAUGACAUCAGCGAAUCGUUCGCAUACACUGAAAUCCCUCUUCUUUGCGACAUCGGAGGUGCAUUGGGUCUCAUGCUGGGUGCAUCUGUCCUCACUUUUGUGGAAGUCCUGGAAACUUUUUGGUCAUUCGUUUUGAAGUUUAGAGGAAAGACUAAACGCAAAACGAAGAGCGCCAAGUCGAAUCAUUCUUUCAUGCCGACGUGAUUUCAUUCACUGGAAUUGAUUUCAUUCAUGGAUUGUGUGUUAUUAUGUAUGAGUCGAACUCAAAGGCUAGACGAUUCAGUUUAUUUCUGCUUAUGAUUCGCCGCCGCAACAUGAGCUAGACUACUGCUAGAGGGAUUUUCAGCGCGGGAAGCAGUUUCUCAAUUGCCGG